GCCAGCCCCGCGGCACAGGCGACAAACGGACGCUCCCGUGCCACUCCCGCAGCUCCGCACCGCUCAGGACACCCCUGGGACAGACUCAGACCUAGGCCGCCUGGGCAGCGCCACCAGCUCUUGCACCCACCUUCCGUCUGCCCCAAGAGGAGUUUGGCGCCUGUCCGGAGUGCCGGGGUACCUGCCGCAGAUGGAGCUGGACCACAGGACAAGCGGAGGGCUCCACGCCUACCCGGGGCCGCGAGGAGGGCAGGUGGCCAAGCCCAACGUGAUCCUGCAGAUCGGUAAGUGCCGCGCCGAGAUGCUGGAGCACGUGCGGAGGACUCACCGGCACCUGCUGACCGAGGUGUCCAAGCAGGUGGAGCGCGAGCUGAAGGGGCUGCACAGGUCGGUGGGCAAGCUGGAGGACAACCUGGACGGCUACGUGCCCACGGGCGACUCGCAGCGCUGGAAGAAGUCCAUCAAGGCCUGCCUGGGCCGCUGCCAGGAGACCAUCGCCAACCUGGAGCGCUGGGUCAAGCGCGAGAUGCAUGUGUGGCGCGAGGUGUUCUACCGCCUGGAGCGCUGGGCUGACCGCCUGGAGGCCAUGGGCGGCAAGUACCCGGUGGGGAGCGAGCCGGCCCGCCACACCGUCUCGGUGGGCGUGGGGGGGCCCGAGAGCUACUGCCAUGAGGCUGAUGGCUACGACUACAGUGUCAGCCCCUACGCCGUCACCCCGCCACCGGUGGCUGGCGAGCUGCCCGGGCAGGAACCCGCCGAGGCCCAGCAGUACCAGCCGUGGGGGACAGGUGAGGACGGACAGCUGAGCCCUGGCGUGGACACGCAGAUCUUCGAGGACCCUCGGGAGUUCCUGAGCCACCUGGAAGAUUACCUGCGCCAGGUGGGUGGCUCUGAAGAGUACUGGCUGUCGCAGAUCCAGAACCACAUGAACGGGCCGGCCAAGAAGUGGUGGGAGUACAAGCAGGGCUCAGUGAAGAACUGGGUGGAGUUCAAGAAGGAGUUCCUGCAGUACAGCGAGGGCGCGCUGUCCCGUGAGGCCAUCCAGCGGGAGCUGGACCUGCCACAGAAGCAGGGGGAGCCACUGGACCAGUUCUUGUGGCGCAAGAGGGACCUGUACCAGACACUCCACGUGGACGCCGAAGAGGAGGAGAUCAUUCAGUACGUGGUUGGCACCCUGCAGCCCAAGCUCAAGCGCUUUCUGCGCCACCCGCUGCCCAAGACCCUGGAGCAGCUCAUCCAGCGGGGCAUGGAGGUGCAGGAUGGCCUGGAGCCGGCCGAGGAGCCCACAGGCCCCCCGGCCCCUGAGGAUGAAGCCGAGGCCCUCACGCCUGCCCUCACCAACGAGUCUGUGGCCAGUGACCGGACUCAGCCUGAAUAGAGGGCAGCUGGAGCCCCCAGCCUACUGGCCACACUCAGCCUGUGGCCUUUGCCAGCCUGGACUUCAGAGUGGGGGCUGACUUCUGUGGGGGAAGCCCCCGUCCCUCUGGGUGGCCCACUUGGCCUCCUGGUCUGACUUGCACACAGCCAUCUGGAUGUGGUCACUGCCCUAAGCAGCAGAGGAGCCCCUCCCCCCUGCAGAUCUCUGCCUGCCACCUCCCCUCUCCUAUGUGCUCCCAGCCCUGCCCACCCUCCACAUUCUUAGGCCACCGCAGAACAUCCCCAGCUUCCUCAUUCUACUCAGAAACCAAGUGUUUGGAUGGCACGGGCCAGCAGGCACCAUGCUCCCAGGACAUCCAGGGCAGAAGCUGAGGCAGAACCAAUGCCCAGGAAACCUCGGCUUCUGGCACUGCCACCCUCUCCUGGCACCACCAGACCCAGCUGGCACCCUCCCUGCCUGCCAGGGCAGCUGGCCAGCCCCGGGCAGCCUGGCUCCCUCCUUCCCCGAGAGCCAAAGCCGCAUAUGCAGCAGCAGCAGCAGCCAUGCCCAGGCAUCCUGGUGCCUCCUGGCCCUCAGCACCAGUGAUUCACACAGCCUGGGGAAAGAGCAGAGCUCAGCUCCAUGACUCACCGUGGCAGGCGGAGGGUCCCAGAGGGGCUGAGUCCUCAAAUCUGGCUGAGGCAGUGGCUGGCACCCGCAGAGCCAGGAGAGUGACAGCAGGUUUCAAGAUUCCCACAAAGUCUUUGCUGCUGUGUCUGGCACCACUACUCCCCUCUCAACUUGCAAGCUGUCUGCACAGGAGUCCCAGAACAGCCAAGAGAGGGGCCUGCAGACAGGAGGCAGCUACGGAAGAAGGCAGCAGCCUCAGACAGGCCAAUAUGAGGGCCAGGACUUGCCACUAUGCCUGCCCUACUGGCCACCAGCUGCCUGCCCCCAGAGCCACUGCAGCAACAGUUGGAGGUCGGCUACCCUAGCCCACCUCCCUCCAGCACUGGAACCCUACCUGCUGCGUGGUCAUUGUCUCUGCCAGAGCCCUCCAUGAGCCUUGAGGCUGGGCCCCUGCCCCUGUCCCUGCUCCUGCCAACAGCCCAAGUCCUGCUGUCAAGACCCUGGAAGCCUUUACUCCUGGGGCUAUUCCAGGCACUCUGCCCAGGCUGGUGUUGCCCUGGCCUGAACCCCACCCUCUGCUCCAGCACCAAAACUGGGGUGCUGGCAGACCACUUGCACCUGCAGCUCAGGCAGGCUCUGGUGGGGUUCUUUCUGCCAUGUCCACUAGGGUUUCCAGAUUCUGGGGAAGCAACUCUGCAGACAACACCAACAGAUCCUCCAUCCUGUGCCCCGCCAGCUCCCAGAUUUUAUUUUUGAAAUAAGCCAUAACUCACACUUGUAGGCUGGCACAGGCUGUUGGGAGAAGCCCCGGGGGGCCUGGGGAGACCCUGGGGACCUCAAGAGGGUGUGGCCAACCCUCCAGCCCCCUACAGAUCGGGCCUUGACUAGCCUGGCUGUGUGCACCCCUGUCACCUUACCCCUAACUCUUUUUGUAAGAC